GAGUCACCGUACGUAGCCGGCUAGAUUGACAAAUGAAUUCCGAAAAUACUGCUGCAGACAUUCUCCAAUUGGUAUAAAUAAAUAAAGGAACAGAUAUAUCUGUUUAAUCAUUAUGCGCAGGAACAGGAAGGCUCUCGCCGUGCUGAUGCGUGCCAGAAUGCAUCCACUUUCCCCCACCUCGAGGAUCAAUCAAAUGCAAUUUCCUCCACUGGAUGGUAACAGCAAAAUUUCUCGUUCAAAGGAUGCAUCCGGUAGUGUACACACAAGUUUUGAGCAAGUGCGGGAGUCAAUGCAUUCAGCGAUAUCAUUGGACAAGACAGAGAUUCUGGAUGCUGCAUUGGAUGAUUUCUCUGAGGGUUACUUUGGUCUUUCAGUGGAAAGUCGGCGAGCACUCCUGCUUGCACUUGCUAAAGAAUAUGAUCUCACCCGGACACAAGUGCGAGAAUUGAUGAAGCAGUAUCUUGAGCUUGAGCUUCCAAGUGGCAGUAAGGCUCCCGAAGAUGCACAUGUGGAGGAAGGCUUGUUUUCUGGUUUAUAUAGAAUUGAGCGAAGUUUGAGGCAAUCUCUCAAGCCGAAGUAUGAAGUUCUUUUUGAACGGCUGAAUACCCAUCCUGGGGGACUGAGAUUCUUAUCAAUUAUGAGAGCAGAUAUUCUAUCUUUUCUCGCAGAGGAAAAUAUACCAUCACUUAGGGCACUGGAUUCUUACUUGAAAGAGAAGCUCAUUACUUGGCUCAGUCCUGCAAACCUCCAGCUUCACAUUGUAACAUGGGAUGAUCCAGCUUCUUUGUUAGAAAAGAUUGUAGCAUAUGAGGCUGUCCAUCCCAUCAGCAAUCUUUUAGAUCUGAAGCGGAGGUUGGGUGUAGGCCGUCGUUGUUUUGGAUACUUACACCCUGCAAUUCCAGGUGAACCACUUAUAUUUAUUGAAGUUGCACUGUUGAAGAAUGUUGCUCAAACCAUACAGGAAGUUCUAUGGGACCAUCCUCCAACACCUGAAAGUGAAGCAGCGUGUGCACUCUUUUACUCCAUUUCUUCUACUCAGCCUGGUUUAUCUGGAAUUAACCUUGGAAAGUUUCUUGUUAAGCGAGUAAUUGAUGUGGUCAGAAAGGACAUGCCAAGAAUUUCAACAUUUGCAACAUUAAGUCCUAUACCAGGAUACAUGCAUUGGCUUUUGCCAAAGUUGGCAUCCAGUGAGAAAUCUGGUUCCCCUUUCACUGAAAACUUGCUAAAACCAGAAGAAGAAACUGCAAUAUUGAAUGCCACUGGAGAAUUUAGCAACGGAAAAACUGGGAUGGAAGCCUUGUGGAACUUGUUAUCUUCAACGAAGCAUGAGUGGAUGAAAUCAGAGAAGCUGUUGCUUGUCUUGAGAGCCCCUUUAAUGAGACUCUGUGCCAGGUACCUUUAUCAGGAGAAGAAGAGGGGAAAGGCUUUGGACUCUGUAGGAAAUUUCCAUUUGCAGAAUGGAGCGAUGAUUGGUAGAAUCAAUUGGAUGGCUGAUCUUUCUGAAAAAGGUCUAGAACAAAGCGCAGGCAUAAUGGUCAACUACAUAUACAAGGUGAAACACAUUGAAGAAAAUGCACUGGCAUAUUUCAGUAAAGGGCAGAUCAAUGCUUCAGAAGAAGUCAGAGCCUACGUCGAGGAAGAUCAGGAUCAACAAGAAAUGGAAGAGUAAAAGGCUGUCCAGUGCUUGUGAAGCUACAAAACUUAAGAGAUAGACAAAUGAAAUAUAGUUCCACAACCUACAUGUCAAAUAUAGUUCCACAACCAACAGUAUACUGGUAGUCACUACAUAUUUCGGAUUCCAACUGUAUGUAUCAUCUAUCCAUCAGCAAACCCUUCAUCUCACUUGUGCAAGGAUGGUGUAGUUCAUUUCAAUACAUGUAAUAAAGCCUGUGAUUUGUGUGCAAAACAAGGAGCCAUACAGGUCUUUUUCAUAGGCAUGCAGCUAGCCCUUUUCCUUCA